AUGGCUUGUGAGGGCCUGAACAGACAGAUUGCACAUCCUAGCGAGCCACUUCUCACCUUCGAUAUUCUGGCCACAGACGAGAUCACCGACGACGUGAUCAAAGACGCGGCAGCGUUGUUCUCGCGGGCAUAUGGCAUCUGGGGCCCGCAUGCAGAGGAAAGGAUCGGACCUUUUGCGACGCAUGGCCGCCGUGUUCGUAUGAGCCUCGAGCGUCUGCGGCAAGAGUGCCUGGCAGAUCGUGCAGAGAACUAUCUUGUCAGAGCAAUGGCCGGCAAUAGCUUGGUUGGCCAUGCUUUCGCUACUUGCUGGGACGUUGAUGGCCGUCAAGUCUGCUGGGUUACGCAGUUGUGCGUGGAUCCGCAACAUAGGCGUCGCCGGCUGGCUACAAGGCUUCUACUCAAGCUCCGAGAAAGCAGGGAGAACUUUACUUUCGGUAUACUGAGUUCGCAUCCUGCCGCGAUUCUUGCGGCGCUGAGAAGUUUCGGACGUGGGCUCGAGGAUGUCAAUCUACAGGUUGUGAGAGAUCAUGCGAGAGGUGUUAUGGCGUCUAGCCCUGUGAGAUAUGUUCGGUCAGCUACAUUGAAAGGAAGAUUGUUUGAGGAGGACUCGUCCCAGAGAGUCUUCUGCUGUGCCGACACGAAUUUCUGGGUCGACCACAUGGAACCGGCGGAAGCUCUGGCAGCAGUCAAAGCGCGAGGACUUGGUUGGCCUUUUGGCGACCUGCCUGAUGGUCACGAGUAUCUCCUCUUGGUCAAGGCAGUAUAGAUGGCCUUGGAGCAGAACUUGCAGAGGUUGUAAGCGCCUUGGACAAGAGAUGGUGCCAUAAGUACCUAGUAGAUGUGUUGAGAGAGGACCCCGGAGUGCAUCAGAUUUAACGCCGCUUUUGGCGCUGCGUUCUUCUUCACCGCCAACUGCGACCUCCUGAUUU